AUGUUUGAACAAGCACCUUAUUGUACGCCGUAUUCUCUUCUGAUAGCCACAGAGGGACGUCUUAAAUCUUUACUGGCGCUCUUUUAUUUCGUUCCAAGUGAAUUUAUUGAUGAAGUCGAAAUCGCUAACAAAGUUGGCUACGUGCAAAUUCAGUGCGUACCAAUCACGUCCAUGAUGGACCUCUGCGACGGCGUUUGUAUGGUGUGCGGAGAUCGAUCGGCCGGUAAGCACUACGGUGUGAUGGCGUGUUACGGUUGCAAGGGCUUCUUUCGCCGGACGAUCCGCAGUGGGCAGAACUAUUCGUGCCGAUUCCAGCGGAAAUGCAGCAUCGACAAAGAUCAGAGGAAUGCGUGCCGUUUCUGUCGUUUUCAACGGUGCUUAAAUGUGGGAAUGGAGCCAGAUGCCAUCAGACCGGACCGUGACGUCAUUGGAAAGCAGAAAAAUCCACGUCGUAAGAAAUUGAGGCGCGAAGACAGCUCACUGCCCUCACCUGGUAGCGACUCGCCCUCUCCCCAUGAAGAUGUACUGGUGACGUUUCUUGUGGACGUAGAACUGCAGUCCAUGGGCGGUCCUGGUAGUCGCACUUCGUUACCAAUCGGCAUUCAGCGGAUCAAGUCCGAUCCUGACAUGGACAUCAGUUCGUUGUUCAGCAAUCGUUUUGCAUAUGAGGAAGAAGCGUACGAGAUAGGAUACACCAUGGAGCGAGUAGCAUCUGUCGAGCAGUUGGCAUCGGCACUUCGACGAUAUCUGUUCGCUGCUGUGCAUUGGAUUGAAGCAUUGUUUUCGUUAGCGCAAAUUGAUAACGUUCCAGAAAAGGUGGCAGUGUUAAAGAGCGUGUUCGCCCCUUACACAAUCCUCUGUCAAGCAGCACGAACUGCACAGUUUACUGGCGAACAAUCUUGUGCCGCGCAUUCUUGA